CAGCGGGUUCAUUGUGGCCCUGCAGAGCUAACGCCAUCACACGCAGCGGCUACGACGAGCAGCACGGCGACAUCAGGGCCACCACAGCAGCGCAGUCCGUAUUACUGUCAAAUUAUUUCACUAUAAGGGCAAUGGAAUACAGCGCUGCGGAUUAUUAGACGCGUCCUAACCGGGCCUCUGUUUUGGCGGCGCACAAAGCAAUGUGGAGGAAAUAAAGAUCCUGAUACGCUGAAAAACCAGAGAUUAUAGAUAAUGGGCUGUGUGCAAUGCAAGGAUAAGGAGGCAACCAAACUCACAGACGACAGAGACACCAGCAUCUCCCAGGGAGCCGGAUACCGUUAUGGGGCCGACCCGACGCCGCAGCACUACCCCAACUUUGGGGUCACCGCUAUCCCUAACUACAACAACUUUCACGCCCCCGUCGGGCAGGGGAUGACCGUCUUUGGAGGUGUCAGCACUUCCUCUCACACUGGAACACUGAGGACUCGUGGUGGGACGGGAGUCACCCUCUUUGUGGCACUUUAUGACUAUGAGGCACGGACAGAAGAUGACCUCAGCUUCAGGAAAGGAGAAAGGUUCCAGAUUAUCAACAGCACUGAAGGGGACUGGUGGGACGCUCGCUCGCUCACCACCGGUGGCAGCGGCUACAUUCCCAGUAAUUACGUGGCUCCAGUGGACUCCAUCCAGGCUGAAGACUGGUACUUUGGUAAACUGGGCCGUAAGGAUGCAGAGAGGCAGCUGCUGUCCACUGGUAACCCUCGAGGCACCUAUCUCAUCCGAGAAAGUGAAACCACAAAGGGUGCCUUCUCCUUGUCCAUACGGGACUGGGACGAUGUGAAAGGAGACCACGUCAAACAUUAUAAGAUCCGCAAGCUGGACAGCGGCGGCUACUACAUCACCACCAGGGCUCAGUUCGACACAUUGCAGCAGCUGGUUCAGCACUACUCAGACCGAGCUGCCGGGCUUUGCUGUCGCUUGGUGGUUCCCUGCCACAAAGGGAUGCCCCGCCUCGCCGACCUGUCCGUCAAAACCAAAGACGUGUGGGAGAUCCCACGGGAGUCGCUGCAGCUGAUCAAGCGCCUCGGGAACGGGCAGUUUGGGGAGGUCUGGAUGGAGAGUGCGGAUGGUUUGUGCUUUCAUUUAACCGGCGUGUGUGUGAACUACAUCCCUGACACUGUGGGCUUGAGUCAUGAUGCCUGGGAGAUCAACAGAGACGAACUUGAGUUGGAAGUAAAGCUGGGCACGGGAUGUUUUGCUGAUGUGUUUUAUGGAACGUGGAAUGGCACCACGAAGGUUGCGGUGAAGACUCUGAAGCCUGGCACCAUGUCCCCCGAGUCCUUCCUGGAGGAGGCUCAGAUCAUGAAGAAACUGCGCCACGAUAAGCUGGUGCAGCUCUACGCCGUGGUGUCCGAGGAACCCAUUUACAUCGUCACAGAGUACAUGGGCAAAGGAAGCCUGCUGGACUUCUUGAAGGAUGGAGAAGGACGAGGGUUGAAGCUGCCUAACCUGGUGGACAUGGCAGCACAGGUUGCAGCCGGCAUGGCCUACAUUGAGAGGAUGAACUACAUCCACAGAGACCUUCGCUCUGCCAACAUCCUGGUGGGAGACAACCUGGUGUGUAAGAUCGCCGACUUCGGCCUGGCCAGGCUCAUCGAGGACAACGAAUACACAGCUCGGCAAGGUGCAAAGUUCCCCAUCAAGUGGACCGCCCCGGAGGCUGCGCUGUACGGCAAGUUCACCAUCAAGUCGGACGUCUGGUCAUUCGGCAUCUUGCUGACGGAGCUGGUCACCAAGGGUCGGGUGCCUUACCCAGGCAUGAACAACCGCGAGGUGCUGGAGCAAGUGGAGCGGGGCUACCGGAUGCCGUGCCCCCAGGACUGCCCCAGCUCGCUGCACGAGCUGAUGCUGCAGUGCUGGAAGAAGGACGCCGAGGAGCGGCCCACCUUCGAGUACCUGCAGGCCUUCUUGGAGGACUACUUCACAGCCACCGAGCCUCAGUACCAGCCCGGGGACAACCUCUAAACCCGCCUCCUCUCCUCUCUCUCCGGGACUCGGGGUCGGCCGGGGGCUGGGGGCAGGACUGGCCCGAGCAGUUCUGUUUAAAAAAAAAAAGACUCUGGAGCCUUCCCAGCCGGGCCUUUUCAUUUUAGGGAUCUGUACAGCUUCCUCAGCUCAGCUCGAGCAUUUCAGUUCCAACUCCUACAAACACAACCUUCAGUCUCAGAGGCGCCCCCUGGAGUCUGAACUCUGUUAAUUAGGGAAGUGGAUGGAUGGACGGCGUUAACUGGGGUCGUGCUAACGCAAUGAAACACCUGUAUUCAGUGUAAAUAAGAAAAGCUUGUUUUAGUUUGUCUGCUUCCGUUCGAGAUUUUAUUUUCUCCUGCACAAAAACAAUAAUAAUGAUGAUAAAAACGAUGGAGGCAAAAGGAAGACAAGCACCUGAGCAGGCACACUUAAUCUGUAUUAUACUGUAGCGCCUCGAUUAUUUUCUAGAGAUUGAAUUUGGAAGCCUCGAUAUAUUUUUUUUCUUAUUAUUUCCCAUAACAUCUAAGAAAAUUCACCCCCAGAACAUUGCUUUAUUCUUGACUUUUUUAUAUGUAGUAUUGCAGAGGUUUCUCCAGAUGUGCAUGACGCAGAUCUCCAUCAGCUUUAUUUCUUCUUCCUCCCCACCAUUAAAGCUUCCUCAGAGCGCUAGUUGUUAAACUACUGCUGGUUCUUUUACAAACCACAUGUCAUGUUUUUGUAAAAUCACAGCCAAGUGUGUAUGGAUUUUUUUGAACAUAUCCCUCCUCGCUUAUUUGAGAAGAUUCGGGUGGAAAUGUUUCCGUCUUCCUACCACAAGUGUUUUGUUUUUUUUUUAUUUUGUUUAGUUGGAAGAAGAGAAAGGAGUUAAUUUAAGAAGUCUAUCUUUAUUUGAGCUGUCAUUCCGGGGCCUCACCUCGUCAUCGGGAAUCUUAAUUUCGGAGGGACGUCGAUGCAAACUGUGGCUUUUCACCUCAUCUCCUGCACGACCUUCUCUCGAGCCUGCAGCUGAACCUGGACCACCUUACCUCCUGAGUUACUUCUGCUUUUAUGUUUUACUGACACGAUUAUAUUCAGUAUUGAGUCUUUGGUUUUUACAGAGUAUGUUUUUAUUCAGCCCUUUUAAGUGAUCCUUUAAGCUGUACUGUACAUUCAGGGGAACUCUGGGGGCAAAUUCAGGUGACAAUAAGAACAAGGUCUGAAUGUGUCAUGAACUGAACCCAGCCCUGACCUGGUCCUAAUGCAGAUGGUUUCACGGCCAAUGGAAACCCCUCAUUUUUCAGUUGUACAGCUAAAUGGUUUUUAAGUGUCGCUAACUUCCCUCCUUUGUAUCUUUUCAUUUCCAUUUUUUAACAUUACUCGUUUUGUUUAUUCAGUGAUUUGGCGUUUGGAAUUCAGAAAAGACCAAUAAACAUUUUACACUCUU